AUGAACUCCCUUCGCUCCCCCGUGUGGUCGGUCUACAACGGCGAAGGGGACCCCUUUGACGUCAAUGGGGCCGAGGGCCACAAGCCCUACGUCCCCUUCGUCUCGGAGGUGCCGCCUUUUCUUAUGCUUCGCUCCUCCGGGCUGGAGAAGGAGGGGCUGAUUCGGUACGGGGCGCAAAGCGCCGUGUACGCCGCCUACGAUACCCGACACUCCCCGACGGCCGCGCCGGAGAGUUCCCGGCCCUUCCGGCGGCCCCAGGUCGCCGUCAAACGUCUUUUCACCCAACAAAACGACUUUGGCAUCCGCGGCAUCGCGGAGACCGCCCUCCGCGAGGUCGCCCUUCUUCGCCUGAUCAAACAAAAGCAGGACGAAUGCCUGGGCUCGACUACACCCCUCCAUCCCCGGCUCGAUCUGGACGAAUCCCCCCACAAUGGGAGUUCGGCGGCGUCUUUUUCGUUCUCGAGGACGCCGGCGAUGCCGCUUUUGGAUUCCACGGCGUGUAUUCUGAAUCUCUACCGAGUCGUGGAGGCGCCGCACAAGGAGCUUUGCCUGGUGAUGGAGCUGUGCGCGAUGGAUUUAUCCCAAGUGGUCAUCUCCCACACGAAAAAACUCACCGCCUGCCGCGAUUUAGACCUCGCGUGCGCUUUUUCGCCCCCGCCGUUGGUUGUUUCCGGGGGGAAGGCCCGGGCGGAUCCGUCGCUUCGCCCGGAGCCGGGGACGAUUCAUCAGAUCGAUCGAAAACGAUGCCCCAUUCUCAGCCAAUUGAGCGUCGUCCGCUAUCUGCUUCGUCGUCUUCUCCGCAUGGUCAGCUUCAUUCACGACGAGUGCGGGAUUCUUCAUCGGGAUUUAAAACUCAGCAAUAUUCUUAUUACUUCGGAGGGGGAUCUGCGGCUUUCCGACUUCGGAUCGGCGCGGUUUCGCAUGCCGGGGCCUGCGAAUCCCCCCGCCGCCCCAAGGGUGGCCGAGAUGAGUUAUACCCCCGCCACGAUGCGCACGACGAAGAUCUACCAGUCCCCGGAGUGCCUGUUAGGGGACUGUCUGUACUCCACCGCGAUGGAUAUGUGGUCUGUGGGGAUUAUCUUUGGCGAACUCAUCCGGCAAAGUCAUUUAUUCCACGGGGACAGUGAGCUGGCGGUGCUUGGGGAGAUUUGGGUGCUUCUGGGGGUGCCGCCCACGGGGGAAGCGCGGUCGACAUCGCAUGCAUUGUAUGCCGCCGCCUCUUCAACCCCCCCGCCGGAGCUCAGGGAGGAUCCACGGCCUUCGGGGGAUCCUUUGAGUGGCGUCCCGGCGGACGCGCGAUUGCGCGCGAAAUUCCCCCCCACCGCCCUGCCCGAGGACGGCUUUGAUCUGCUCCGGCGGUUUCUCUGCCUCGACCCGCCUCGGCGUAUUUCCGCCCGGGAGGCUCUCCAUCAUCCGUUCUUGGCCUUUAAAGGCGACGCCGCCGAGGACGAGGCCGGGGAGCGAUGUUGGCGGGAAAAAGUGGUGGAGGCCCUGAAGAAUAUGCGGGAAUCGGUCAGGGUUCAGAUGCCUGUGCUGGCCGAGGACUCCGACGACGACGCCUAUGAUGUAAUACCGAACUUUGCAAUUAAUUUGUCUUAG